AUGUGCCGCCAACAUGGCUCAGAGACGUCCGGCCCCGGCCAGGGCGACCAGUCUUCACAUCUGCACUACCAGUCCCCCGCGUCCGAGUGGGCUGAGGCCCUGCCAAUCGGCAACGGGCGGCUGGGAGCCAUGGUCUAUGGUCGAACAGGGACCGAACUCGUCCAGCUGAACGAGGACUCGGUCUGGUACGGCGGCCCGCAGGAUAGGACCCCAAAGGACGCCCUCCGCCACUUGCCGAAACUCCGUCAGCUCAUCCGAGAUGAAAAGCACGCCGAGGCCGAGUCUCUGGUCCGUGAGGCCUUCUUCGCGACGCCCGCGAGCAUGCGGCACUAUGAGCCGCUGGGCACUUGCACCAUCGAGCUCGGCCAUGCCGUCGAAGACGUGACGGGCUAUCGCCGGCACCUGUGCCUCGACACAGCACAGACGACAGUAGAGUACCUCAGCCGAGGGGUCUCUUACCGUCGUGAUGCCAUAGCCAGCUUCCCAAACAACGUCUUGGCCUUUAGGGUGACGGCCUCCGAACCAACGCGGUUCGUGGUGCGACUCAACCGCGUCAGCGAAAUUGAGUGGGAGACGAACGAGUUCCUCGACAGCAUCGAAGCAGACGACGGACGGAUCGUAUUGAACGCGACACCUGGUGGUCGAAACAGUAACCGGCUCUCCAUCGUCCUAGGAGUUUCUUGUCACGAUGCUCAAGGCUCUGUGGAGGCUAUCGGCAAUUCCUUGGUGGUGAAGUCGUCGUCAUGCACGAUUGCCAUUGGUGCCCAGACGACGUAUCGAACACUCCAUCCCGAGACGGUUGCCACCGAAGACGUAAGAAAGGCAUUGGACCUCCCGUGGGACGACUUGAUCAGACACCAUCGGAGCGACUAUCAGACCCUCUUCGGACGGACCGCCCUUCGCAUGUGGCCAGACGCCAGCCACAAUCCGACAGAUAUGCGGAUCGAGAAAGGGCGUGAUGCUGGUCUCGUGGCUUUGUACCAUAAUUAUGGUAGAUAUCUACUUAUAUCGUCGAGCCGGCACGCUGAGAAGGCGCUGCCUGCGACGCUGCAGGGCAUCUGGAAUCCCUCUUUCGCGCCACCUUGGGGAUCCAAGUAUACCAUCAACAUCAACCUCCAGAUGAACUACUGGCCAGCUGGGCCUUGCAACCUCGUCGAAUGCGCCAUCCCCGUUCUCGAUCUGCUGGAGCGCAUGGCCGAGAGGGGACGGAAGACGGCGCAGGCCAUGUACGGGUGUAGAGGGUGGUGUGCGCACCACAACACAGACAUUUGGGCAGAUACGGACCCCCAAGAUCGAUGGAUGCCUUCGACCAUCUGGCCUCUCGGAGGAGUCUGGCUGUGUAUUGACGUAUUUGAGAUGCUGCAGUAUCACCACGACGAUGGCCUUCAUCGUCGAGCGGCGGCCGUCUUGGAAGGCUGCAUCCUCUUCCUCCUCGACUUCCUGAUCCCCUCGUCGUGCGGAAAGUACCUGGUCACGAAUCCUUCGCUGUCUCCCGAGAACACGUUCAUAUCGAACUCGGGCAAGGCCGGCAUUCUUUGCGAGGGAUCCGCCAUCGACACGACCAUCAUCCGUAUCGCGUUCGAGAAGUUCCUCUGGAGCAAUAGCAUGCUAGGGACAAACGAACCAUUGUGCAGCAAGGUGAGGGAAGCACUUGGCAAGCUGCCCGAACUGAUGACCAACGCCCAUGGAUUGAUCCAGGAAUGGGGCCUAAAGAAUUAUGAGGAGCUGGAACCGGGCCACCGACACGUGUCCCACCUGUUCGGUCUCUACCCGGGGGAAAGCAUCAGCCCGCGCAGGACGCCAGACCUUGCUGCCGCCGCCAAACGCGUCCUUGAGCGACGAGCGGCGCAUGGCGGUGGCCAUACGGGAUGGAGUCGAGCGUGGCUACUGAACCUUCACGCCCGGUUGUUGGACGCCGAUGGCUGCGGCCAACACAUGGACAUGUUGCUGGGCAGCUCGACGCUGGCGAACAUGCUCGAUAACCAUCCGCCAUUCCAAAUCGACGGCAACUUUGGCGGAUGCGCCGGUAUCCUCGAGUGUUUGGUACAGUCCAGCGUAUUGCCCAGUGCCUCGAAGCCCGCAGUGGUCGAGAUACGACUGUUGCCAUCGUGCCCCCUGAGCUGGUCUGAGGGCGAGCUCACACGUGGCUGCACCAAGGGCGGUUGGCUGGUCUCGUUCAUAUGGCGAGAUGGCAGCAUUGUCGAGCCAGUUUUGGUAGAGAGCCCUGCCACGAAGGAUGCUGAGGCUCAAAUUGUUUUCCCUAAUGGUUCUCGGACUAUUGUGUGUGGCGUCGCGCCCAAGUCAAAGCAUCAUAUCGUAAGCCAAGGACAGCAGCGAGAUUAG